AUGGCAACAUCAGCCGUUACAGUACUGGCGUUCAAUAUCGCUGUAUCAGCCAUCAUCAUCAUAUCGCUGGCGCCGGUCGCUGACGCCGUGGAAAGGGCAAAUCAUACAUGCGGCUGCCCUCGUUACAAUAGCAGCUGCGUGGAUUGUGAGGCAGGGCGGUGUUGUAGUCUGUGGGGCUACUGUGGAAUCUCAAUCGGCUACUGUACGCCGUGUUAUUGUGAAGGUCAUGUCGAAUGUGAUCCUUGUCACUGCCUAGGCAAUUGUCGUCAUGCAGCCGCUGGAAACCAGCAGCUUCCGUCAGCAGCAGCGCCUGGUUAUGAAACCCUAGUAGCCACCUACGACCCCAAUCUCAACAACGUAACCAAUCCUAAGAAUGGAAAACAAGCGAUGGUGAGAAUCAUGAACAGAAAAUAUUGUAGCUGGACAAGUUUGGCACUGGACCACGAUGCCUUUCAACAGCUAGAGGAUGAUGAUGCAGCAGCAGCAAUCCACCUUCCAGUUCCUGUUAGCUACAAGUAUACGCACUGUAUUGACAAUUAG